GGCAGCGGCACAGCCUGGAGAGGAAAACACAAAUUAUAUUAAGAAAAUUGAAGAAAAAGAAAAUAGGAAUACUUGCUUGUUUUUUUUUCUGGUCCUGCCAAGUCCGUAUCAGUAGUAAGAUAUCGAUAUUGUCCACGGAGAAUCUCAAUCCGCAACGGAACCGAUUUCUUUCGUGUUUUUUUUCGGUUUGUUUGGAUCGGCAGACACGGACCGUCUGAGGAGAAGGACUCAAAUGUAUUACAGUCGAGCAGUUUUUACUUCUUAGAUUUUUUAAUCCGUGAUAUAAACCAUUUAUCUCGUUAUACCCCGAAUCCUAUAGGAUGUGCUUUUAUUUAAGUUCUUAGUAUACAUUGUUACAUUUAAAUGUGUGUUUUAAUAGCAUCGCCAGUUCUGAAAAUGGGUACCGUCCGGACUUUGUUUACCAAUUUUCAGCGUUAUUCAAAAUAGCUUUAUUUUAUUUUAAUUUUUCAGUUAGUUUUAUUUGAUUUAUUUUUUUAAUCAACAUUUGACGUUGCUUAAUCAACAGGCAUUAUUUUUUUAAUUAUUUAUUUUUUGAGAUUUCGCAGGCGACUCAUUAAUUUAACUCGAAUAUCCUUGGGGUAAAAAAAACAAAACAAAACAAAAAAACAAACAAGGUCUCUUGUCUUGCUUUUCCUCCUGGGUAGAAGAUGAAUGGUCUGUCGGUGAGUGAGCUGUGCUGCCUCUUCUGCUGCCCCCCCUGCCCUGGCCGGAUCGCAGCCAAACUGGCCUUCCUGCCUCCGGAGCCCACCUACUCCCUCCUGCCGGAGCUGGAGUCCGGGCCCUCCCCCACGGGGGGGAGCGCGUCGCUGCGCGGCCGCACCCCCGACGCCUCCUCCCGCUGGAAGCUGCACCUGACGGAGAGGGCCGAGUUCCAGUACUCGCAGCGGGAGCUCGACAGCACCGAGGUGUUCCUGGCGCGCUCCAGCCGCGGGAAUCGCAUCGGCUGCAUGUACAUCCGCUGUGUGCCCUCCGCCAGGUUCACGGUCCUCUUCUCCCAUGGGAACGCGGUGGAUCUGGGGCAGAUGAGCAGCUUCUACAUCGGCCUGGGCACCCGUAUCAACUGCAACAUCUUCUCCUACGACUACUCGGGCUACGGGGUGAGCACGGGCAAGCCGUCCGAGAAGAACCUGUACGCAGACAUCGACGCCGCCUGGCAUGCUCUCCGGUCCAGGUUCGGGAUCAGCCCGGAGAACAUCAUCCUGUACGGGCAGAGCAUUGGCACCGUGCCCACGGUGGACCUGGCAUCGCGCUACGAGUGCGCCGCGGUGGUGCUGCACUCCCCCCUCACCUCUGGCAUGAGGGUGGCAUUCCCAGACACCAAGAAGACCUACUGCUUCGACGCCUUCCCCAACAUCGAGAAGGUUUCCAAGAUCACCUCCCCCGUCCUCAUCAUCCACGGCACGGAGGACGAGGUCAUCGACUUCUCUCACGGGAUGGCGCUGUUCGAGCGCUGCCCCAAGGCUGUGGAGCCGCUGUGGGUGGAGGGCGCCGGGCACAACGACAUCGAACUGUACAGCCAGUACCUGGAGCGGCUGCGCAAGUUCAUCACACAAGACCUGGCGAGCCAGCGGACCUGAGCCAUGCCUCCCUGCCCUCCUGCCCGCCUGCCUGCGAGGUCCCUGUCUCCCCUUGCCUCGAUCUCUUUAUACCCCUCUGUAUAUCUCUUUCCAAUCCUGGCACCCAGGGAAAGAAACCAUGUUUUAAACCAAGCCUGCUUUUAUAUAUAGACACGUGUGUGUGUGUGUGUGUGUAUAUAUAUAUAUAUAUAUAUAUAUAUAUAUAUAUAUAUAUAUAUAUAUAUAUAUAUACACACACACACAAAAAUUACAAGAACUGCUCUAUUUUUAUAAAAAAAAAUAAAAAGAUUGAGGGGGUGGGAUUCUGUAGGAGGUGGAGGGUAAGCUUAAUGAGAAGUAGCGAGCAUGAUUUUUCAAGUUUCAAGAUUUUUCAAAUUGUAAGCGUGGUGUAAAAGCUGGUCAGCGUGGCCCUGGACCCCCUCAGUGCAGUGCUGAAUCCCUUCCCAUGACUGAACCCCCGGAGCGGUGUGUUUUAAACAGCUUCGACUUCCAGCACUCACAAGGAGGGAGAUCGUUUCUAUACCCCUCUCUGUACUGCAGUCCCGGAGAUGGGCAGGGGGCCCUUUCUCCCUUUCAGAACCGGCAGACCCCACCCUUCCUUCCUUCCUCCCUCCUCUUCUGAACCCCCACUUCUCUGUCCCUUUCAUUUCCCUGGUGAGAUUGAUACUGGGGAUGAGUUGUGGUGUAGAAACAGUCCUGGGUAUUCUGGGAGUCUAAACCUGGAAAAGGGGAGUUCCUAGGGGCGUUUAGAAUCCUAAAAACCUGACCUCUUGUUGGAUUCAGCAACACUGCGGCCCCCGUUAUCGCAGUUUGGAUUCUGUAACCUGCGUUUUAACUAGAAGCAAAAAUACUGCACUAUAGAUUUUUCAAAUUGAAAGUGCUGCUACCUGGUGUACUCCCUGGUACCUGAUCCCUUCCUGUGGGUCCUCGGACCGUUGCCCUUCAAAGUGCCGUGCUGGCCGGGUAGAAUGCCAGAACGUUUUGGUAUCUAGUAUUGGUAUUGAAGCGGACAGGGUCUGAAUGAACCAGCCCCACCCCCCUCCAGUGAUGAUGCAGCUACUGUCAGCACUCCAGUUCAGGUGCAUUCUGAUUUCCUUCGAUAAUGCAUCCCAAUUUACUGCUCUUUUCCUCGUUAAGCAAAUCAGUUGUCAUGCAGUUAUAGAUCUUGAUUAAGUAACGUGACGGGACUCAGUGCUGUGUAGAAGGCCCUCCUACGCUGUUUACAAUGAUCAAACACUCGGGGACAGUACGUUUCAUAAUUUAAAUAAAUACAUUACUUGACUCGAUUUGACUGACUGUGCCAAAAAAAAAAAAAAACAGAGAACAGUAGUGCUGGCGUUAAAAUCUAGGGUUCAGCUAGAGAUGCGUCACUGAUGUAUUCUGGAUGGAUUUUUACAUUCGGAAACGUGGGCUAAUAUUUGGAGUCCCUUUGUAGAGGGGAGUAGAUAGAUAGCUGUAUUGUUUCAUACGUGGCGUAAUUAUUCAUUGUACUGCAGGCAGGCAGCCUGUCAGCACCCCCACCUCAGCCCUGCCCCAGGGUCAAAUCAGGGUCCUUCACACUAAACCGCUAACACUAAAGAACCCAAACUUUUAUACUGUCUGUACAGCCCGUAGUCUUGUGUAGUCAGGCGCUGGUGUGGACGGUUCCAGAUUUAGAAAUGUGAUUUGAAUGGCUCGAUUGUGUCGGUGUCGCACAGAGACUCGGAGUUCAAAGGGGAAGAAUAACGCACCCUGGGGAAAGCGUUUAUGGACUUGGUCACGUGGUUUAGAAGGCGGGGAUCAAUUGAGGGUAAUUAAAGCUCUCCCUAUAUAUUAAAAACUUUCGAAAUGUAGAAAACUGGAUAGCAUUUCUUCUAGUAAAAAAAAAAAAAAAAAAGUCAAGCGGUAUAACUACAUGAUUUUGCAGGUCCUUCCUUACCCGAUAUGAUUACCCCUAAAGUCAUUGAUAUAUUUUGACCUGUUUAAAAUGGGGCAGCAGGGUUUAUCAUACCCUUAACCAGUGUGUUUUUUAGUUGCCAGCAAUUCCUUUCCAAUGAAGGCGAUACCUCACAGGGGUUUUAUUUGGGUCGUAUCAUGACAUCCCGUACGGAUUACACGCUUCACCUUGCGUGUUUUUGUCUCUGUUUUUUUUUGGGGGGGGGGUCAUUGUUUCUUUGAAUCUGGAAAGAAUGCAUUAGGACUCCUAGAUCCCAUAUCUGCUCUAUUACAGAACAUGUUUGAGCGUGUGCGCGCGUGUUUGUGUGUUCAAACAGACGGGCGGUGUUGGAUCUGUUGAUUUUCGGUCUCCCUGUGCGAACGGGAUUAACCCUUAAAGAACCAGAACGAGUAUUACAGAGAUGGAAAGAAGAUUCCUGUUGCAGAGCAGUUUGUCAUGUAAUGGGACACACCUGAGCUUGUUGCCUGUAUACACUGGCUAAGCAAGCACAUUAAAACCUGGAGUCAGUGCCAUGCAAUAGGAGGCUUAUUUCCGUCUGGAUUAUACUGUGACUUUCUCUUUGUCUAUAUAUAUAUAAAAUAAACCCGAGAAGCUGUGUUUUGGCAUCUCCAGGCUGUACAGUUGCUAUGACAUGUUUUCUUCGUAAUGGUGGAGGGUAGAUGCAAAUGUUGGAGAGAUUUUCAAUGCUUUAUUGUAGAUGGAAUGGACAGUAAUAAAAAGUAUGUAAAAAUAAUCUCACUCCCACAUCCAGUGGACGUCAAAAACGCCAUGUUUGCAGUAAGAGUCUGGGGAUCGGCAAACGAGGUAUCUUGCAUCCGCUAGUGGUGUUGCAGUGGGGCAGGUUAAUGGUACCACUAUGGUGUACCUGAUGUACCACAGCGGUGCUUUAAAACUUUAAAAAGUUACCAGGAUGUAAUCGCUGCUACUGAGAAUGAUAUACAAAAUUAAUCUGAAAAACUCUUGAUGUGUCACAGCCAUACCAAAUGCCCUUUAGGAUGAGCAGUGCAUUUUUAAAGGCUAGGGUAUUGCAGCUUUUGUAGGUUUCUAAUUUAGGAGUUUCUUUUUCUUUUUUUUUUUUUAUUGAUCUGGUUUAGGAAGAAUCUGCUGAACGUUAGCAGUUAUGUAAUCACUUUACAAGCAAAUAAUAUUUUCUUUGUUCUUGGAGCGUGUGUUCCAGCCAUGGUUUACGAGAUGCAGAAAUGCUGACCCCAGCAUUCCGAAUAUCCGGAAUAUGACAGGAAUUCUCUCGUGUAAACGCAGUGUUCUGCAGGGUUCUGAACAGCGUUCUCCCUCCAAUCCUGUUUCAGGGAAACUGAGUGCUCCACUUGCUGUUUUUAUAGCAGAAUUUAUCCCAGCAUUUACCACUGCUAAGUUAGCACCAAUUUUAUUUGUAAAAACAAAACACAAAAACAAAGGGUUCAAACUUAGCACGGUGGAAAAUGCUUUGUGAACACAGCCCCUGCGUUAGGAGGCGGUGUGGUCAGGUGGUUAAAGAAAAGGGUUUGUAACCAGGAGGUCCCCGGUUCAAAUCCCGGCUCACUCACUGUGUGACUGACCAAGUCACUUAACCUCCUUGUGCUCCGUCUUUCAGGCGAGACGUUGUAAGUGACUCUGCAGCUGAUGCACAGUUCACACACCCUAGUCUCUGUAAGUGGAUAAAGGUGUCUGCUAAAUAAACGAAGGUUUGAGCCUUCCACUGUAAGCUUUAUCUGAGCUACGUGGCGUGUUUUUUAAAUUGAGCUCAGGUGUAAUUCAGCUCCCACUAAUGGAAUGCAGUGGAAUUGUUCAGUCUUCUGGUCUGUAAACCAUGUGUUUGGAAUGCUACUUCAAUUGAGGGAGGCAGCGAGCUCCCUUACCUUGGGUUGCACUCUGGUUGGUGCGUCUGAGACCAACAAAAGGUCCUGUUUUGAAAUCUGCGUACUGUAUUUUCUUGUGCUAGCAUUUUCUUUUCCAGAACUGUAAAGUUGACUGCCGUCUGAAAGUCAAGUGUCAUUUUUUAAUUUUUUUUUUGUUCUUGUAAUGAAAUAACCAAAACGAAGAACACUACUAGAGCACAAACGUGAAGCAGUCGCUGCCGUGUCUGAUAAAACGUGACUGAUAAAGUGACGAGCCCGAAAAAAAAAAAAUCGGUUCAGGCAGUCCUUUCUCAAAAGCAGGAAUGGAAAUAAAUUGCACUGCACAGCAGUUUGAUCGCUUCCUGGUUUUACUGGGAGUUUAGUAAGACACAACUGAGCUUGGUACCUACAUACUGUGGCUAACCAAGCUCGUAUUAAUACCUGGAAUGGGUGAAGCUGCUUUGGGAGUCUGAUUUCCGUCCUUGCAAAUGACAGAAUCCGGACUUGAUCGUUCUCGCUUGUGCUCUGCUUGCUUGCUUAUCAAUAUUAUUACUGAAUCAUUAUGUUUAUUAAUCAUUUGGCUGAGCGCUCUUCCUGAGAAUGCCGGCAAUGUUUUGCACAAACCAGAACUGAAAAAAAAAAACAAAAAAAAAAAACACAUCUGCAACUCUGAACCAGCAAAUUCACUGCAGUCAGUGGAUUCUUUAAAGAGCCAGCAAAUUGCAUACAGUGUGUUAUGUACAUCAAUCUCCAAGCCAGCCAAACACUGCUGUGUGCUCGGCACUGUUAUUCCAGAGCCAGAUAACCCAUUAUUACAACACACAGGGCGCUGUGGAAAGAGAUGGGUCGACUAGACUAGGGGUUUAAUGAUACACUGAUGUCACGAUAUGUAUCGCGAUAUGCAGGUCACAAUACGGUAUGUAUCACAAUGCAUGCGGUGGUCCUGAUUGGCUACUUGUGUGAUGCAUAACAAUGAGCUCUGUUGUGCUUUCUGCUCUUGUAUCUCAAUGCAAACGCUAUAGACAUCUAUUAUGAGACAGUGCAUCGAUUCACCCCUAGACUAGCCAGUGCUGUCCUAUCUGAAGUAUUGACGUCUGCAGUGUGGUCUGGAAUGUAACAGCCCAAGUGUAAGGGAAUUGAGCUCCUGGUAGUAUGCUGUUGAAAUUGUGUUUUUAUUGCGUUUGUAUAAAAGUUUCAUCUUUUAUAUGAAUUGAAUGGAGACCUUGUGCACUCAUUGCCCUUCCUGGGCUGUCUGCUGUCCAGUCCAUCAACACCGCUGCCCCCUGCAGGCCAAAGCAGGUCACAUCAACUUUGGAUCUUCAUCAGAGCUGGUGGUGAUGGAUUUUCACCAUGUCGUAGUAAAUGCAACAAAGAUUAGUAGUAUUUUAGUUUUUGAGGAUUUGUUUUAAAUAGAAAUGUAUGGACUUUUGUUUUCUGCUUUCAAAGAAGGUUUCUAUUGUAUUCAACUAUACUUUGUUGAUAUUAUUAUAACUGUUAUUAUUUCAAUUUGUAAUAUUUAGUCAGUUUGCAGAAACGGAUUAAAAAAAACUGUUUCUGAAAGUUUAGGCAACAAUAAAAUAUCUAUAUAUAUAUAAAUACUGUAUAAUGCAAAGAUAUGCAAUGUUUAAGAAUUAACCGAAUCAUUUUUUUGUGGGUGGGGGAGGGAGGGAUGGGGUAGCUGUUUACAAAAGUGGCAUUGAAAUGGGAUUGCAACGGGGGCCGAUCUGGGGCGCCCAGCACUUUGUACAAAACAACCUUCAGUACGUGAGCAAUAAAGUCGGACAAAUUCUUCACAUGCU